AUGGCCUUCCAAUACCCAACAGCCAAAGUCCACAUCACCCAAAACGCCCCAGAUGGAACCGCAACCCUCAUCCCCAACUCCACAGUUCCCCACCCAAGCCAACCCCUCGGCCCAACCCACCAAGUAACAUUCAUCUACUCCACUCCCCCGGGCCCCUUCUCCACCUCCACCAACGCAGACCUCGACUUCUACACCAAGACCGCCUCCGCCAAACCCCUUGGCGUCUUUCCCGCUGAGGGCGGCUCCGGUUGUGUUAUUCUGGACUUUGCCCCGAGUAAUGGUGAAGAGAAGAGUUUCAUCCAUAAGACGACCACGGUGGAUUAUCUAGUUGUAUUAGAGGGGACGUUGGAGUUGGAGUUGCUUGGGGGAACGAAGAAGGUGGUGAGCAAGGGGGAGGUGGUUGUUCAGAGGGAGUGUCAGCAUAGUUGGAAGAACGUUAGUACGACGGAGGGGGCGAGGAUUAUGGCUGUUGCGGUGGGGGCACAGGGUGCUGUGCAUGGGAAGAUGGAGAUUUAUGGUCAGUGA